GUGAUACUCGACAUAAAAAUCUCACGUUGCUGGAAAUAAACAAGCACAAAAUAAUGAGCACACAGCCAUCAUAAUAUUGUUAUCAGAUUAAUCCCCACUUAUCCCGCUGCUUUCACGCGCGCUCUCCAGAGGCACAGAGCCUCCUUCGCCCUCGUCUUGCUUUCUGCUCGCAAUCUCCCCAGAAUCCGUGAGGGGACAGACGGGUGCGCAACAGCAGAGUCUGAACGGUGUGAUACCGCGCGCGAGCGGAGAGAACCAGCAAUCAGCAGAGCGAGGCAGAAUAAUGAUCCCGAGCCCAGAGGAGAAACCCGCAGCAAUGAAUAAAUAAACAGGGCGGCUGUAAAACCCCGCUCGGAUCGGCCAGUCGUGACCUCGGGAGACUACGCAUGUAAGAUCGUUUCAUGUCAGUUAAAGCCAGCGCAUGAGAAGACCUCCAGCCGCACAGUCGCUCUCAGAAUGCGUGCGUGAGAAGAAGAAACAUAGGCUACUACGACGGGGGAAUUAAAGUGCAACGGCGGGCGAGUGAAGUGAGGGCCAGAGGGGGCGUGCGCGUCUGCAGGACACCAGCAUGUCGAACCGAAAACACCGGGAUAACCAGGAGAUAUGCACCCGCAAGGUCCGAGAGCUCGCGCAGACGGGAGUGAACAAGCACUGCUUCGAGUGCAGCCAGCCCGGGGUGACUUACAUCGACAUCACCGUGGGCUGCUUCGUGUGCACGUCAUGCUCCGGAAUGCUGAGAGGGCUCAACCCACCCCACAGAGUCAAGUCUAUUUCCAUGACAACCUUCUCCCAACAGGAAGUGGAGUUUUUGCAAAAUCAUGGCAAUGAGGUUGGAAGGAGGACCUGGCUCUGCAUAUUUGACCCCAAAACAGACGGCUGUUUUGACGCACGUGACACACGGAAGCUGAAAGAGUUCUUGCAGGACAAAUAUGAGAGAAAGAAAUGGCAUUUCUCUAAGAGUAAGAUCCGCAGGGAUGCCAAUGAGUCACCGUGGGCUCCAGGGGUUCAGGCUGUUCCAGCUCCACACGGCCCUGCUCAGAAUCAGCCUCCGCCUGGACAUCCUCUGAACCCCACAGCCCGGCCCACCCGCACACUGUCCCAGUCCCAGUUGUCAAUAUGGGACAGAGCUCCUGCUGUUUCCCCAGCUGAUAGCCGUACUGAGGUGUUCACUGCCAGACCAACUCGCUCUCAGAGCUUCAGAGAUCAUCCCAUUAAAGACACAUUGUUAAGUGGUGUGGAGAGACAGAGGCCAGGAACAAUUUCUUCUGGAAUGGGACACCAGAAUCAUCCCUUCUCCUUUCCAGCCCUACCACGUCCUUCAGCAAGUAGCACUUUCAAAAACAGCUUUACUUUAGGUCGCACUCUGUCAACUGGGGGUGGAGCUCCAUUUAGAGCCUUCCCUAAAUCGCUGAGUUUGGAUUUUGGGGGUCUUAGCCACGCCCACAACACUAUAAGUUCUGCUGCUCCGCCCCCUGUCACUCAGGAUAAGUAUUCAGCCUUAUCACAGCUUCGUAAAGUGUUCUCAGACAACACACCUGUCACAGCCAUUACAACAGCUCCCUCUGAUGGACCCCCUCAAUAUAGCACCCUCUUUAGUAACCGACUAUCCUCCAGUUCAACCCCUGCAAGCUCCCCAGGUGUUCCAGAGGCCACUUCUGGAUCUCAAACGUUUGCAAAUUUCCCAAACCCCUUCAAUUCUACAGCCAGUUGCGCCCAGCCAGUUCUGUCUCCCAGUAACCCCUUCAAAAGCACAGCCUCAGGUAAGAAAUCUGCACCCGUGUUCACUUUAGAUGUCGUCUUUCCUCAGUCUGUCUCUUUUCCUGCACCCACCACACAAAGUGCUUUUUCACACCAACAGUCUAGUAACCAGGAAGCAAACGGUUUCAACUCAUUUCCUGCCCCAGAGUCUGUCCCUAAAGUCCCACGACCAAUGUCUGUCAACCCUUUUACUGGGAAUGUUUACCCCAGUAGAGGAGCAUCACUGAACCCUUUCAUCUGAACCACCCCGGCCGUGGAGAAAGAAGAGAGCAAGUGGAGCUUGUUUACUUUGCCAUACCUACAGAAAACCCCCAACACUUCUGCGUGUGUCUUCGUGUGUGUGUGUGUGUGUGUGUGUUAGCAGAUAUAGUCCAUGUAACUAUUUGUAAACACUUUGUUGUGUGUGAGCGAGUGUGUGUUUGUAUGUGCCCUUUUGUACCAGAUGCUAUAAAUUAAACUUUGUGAGUGUGUGCGUGUGUGUGUUUGUGUGUACAUUAUGUGUGGAUUUUGCCUAAUAUCAGAGGAAUUUUUCUGAUAAUAGGAGAACUUCAGUUGAAAGGUGCUUAUGAGAGCUGUUAACACUCACAAACACACACACACAAGCUGCUGCUUUGACCUUUCCAGAACUUCUUGUGCCAGUAUCGCCCUAACCUGAGUGCCCACUUACUUCCCUCAAUCACUGAGGUCGACACAUUACAAUAAAAUAUUAGCUUCAGAUCAUCUCAGUAAUGCAUUUCUCCUCAGUGCUGAUUUGGUUUAAAUGAUUCAGAGGCAUGUGAAAAAGACGGCAUAAACAAAACAGGCAUUUCCUUCACUUUUCUGUCUGUUUAUGUAUGCCGGGCUUGUUUCUAUUUAUUUUGACGUCGAGUAUUUGUGUGUGCGCAUUGUCAAACUGCAUGCGCUUCUCAAGCUGAGCAGGAAGCUGCUGAAUGUACUGCAGUUUCAGUUAUUAUGAGAGAAAAAAAGUUUCUUGUAUGGACCAAAAAUUGUCUAUAUAGAAGUAUAGAAUGUCUUUGUAUCGAGUUGUAUCCAUGCAUAAAGCUAUCCAUAACUGUUGUGUCAAUGUGUAUUGUCUGUGUGAUGCAAAUCAAACGGAAUUUGCUGCUUUUGGAAUUUCAUGCAAUAUCUUUUUAUGACAGCAUCAUUUAUAUUUUUCUGUGAAGAUCAUUAUUGCAUUUCGAAUGUAUUUGCACUCUAUGAUCAUUAGGGCUUUCAACUGAAAAUUAAAAUGAAUAGUAUAAACUUCA